AUGCCUCGUUCGAAGAAGGGAGGACGCUCUCGCAAGAAGAAGCAGCCGGAAACGGCCGCUUCAACGGCCCCAGUUACUUCUGAGGCGCCCACAGCACCUGUUUUACCGGGCCCUUCCGACAAUUCGAGGGAAGAUGCCAGUGUGAGCACGGCAGCCAGGCAAGAGCCGACCAUCUCGCAGCUGGCCAGGCGACGCCUGGAGUUGGAGCUCUUGACUGCACAGCAGGCUUUGACUGCCAUGUUAAUUGAAGAGCAACGGACUUUAGUCACCAAACCCAGUGCUCUGCCGCCGGUGGAGGAGAAGACAGACGUUAUCGACUAUCUAGCCAAAAAAGGUUACACUAGAACCGAAGCCAUGCUCCGAAUGGAGUCCGCGAAUCAGGAAAUUGAUGGGCGGUCUUUGCCCCAGCUCAGCGAAGACCAGCGUCCCAAAUACAGACAGGGCUUCGAUUUGACUAAGGUCUGGAUCGAGGACAACUUGGACUUGUACAAGCCGGAACUGCGACGUGUCCUGUGGCCUCUGUUCGUCUACUCUUUCCUUGACCUCGUGAGCUCCUUCUAUCCACAGGAUGCCAAGCAGUUCUUUGAGACGAACAAAAACCUGUUCCUCCCGGAACAUGCGGAAGACAUCCGUGCACUGGAGCCUAUCAGUCUUCCAGAGCAUGUCCAGGACAAUACGGUUGCGAAGAUUUACCGCGGCAACAAGUAUCGUUUGAUCCUCAGCAAUCCUGCUUUUUCGAAUCUCAUGCAGUUCUUGGAGAAUAAGCACAAGGAAGGAGGCUCGGUCAUGUCUGCGAUUCUCAGCAGCUACUGUACGAUCAUCACAAAGGAGCGUGCUGCAGAUGACCGUUUCAGCUUUGCUGCCAUGCUUGGUCGCGCCCGUGAAAGCGAGACGUUCCCUGCUGAAGACGAAGGAAUUCCUGGUCACCAUCCAGGUUCGGCCUACACUGGGGACAACCCUGCUAUGACGGGUACCCUGCCUAGACUCAAGCUGGGAAAGCUCCCCCCGGAGCCAGAACUUGAGGGUGACGUUCGGGCGGAGCUGGAAGAGUACGACGCAAAGAACCCGCCUCCCCCAGGUCGUAAUACUCUCGUCCAGGAAUAUGAUCAGAUGAUCAAGAAAGAGGAGGAUGAGGAGGCUCCUAGCCGUGCUGAGAUCCCUUUCCCUCCGUCUACUGCUCGUGAUGUUGCCAUCGAGGUCCAGAGGGUCAAGGAGAACCGUGACAGAUUCAGGAUCGAAGGUCGUACCGGCGGUGUUGGUCCCGCAGUGAGCGUUUGCAUGUUCACGUUCCACAACACCUACGAUAGAUUGACCUGCCUUGACUUUUCGGACGAUAACAUGCUCGUGGCAGCUGGCUUUGAGGAGUCUUACAUCCGGGUCUGGAGUCUUGAUGGCAAAGAGAUAAAGCCCACUCAUGCCGGUCUGGAGGACGUCACGCCACCUUCCAACUCCAAACGCCUCUUUGGCCAUUCUGGUCCUGUCUACGCGGUGGCUUUUGCUCCAUCCGCAGCCCGUACGGAAGGCGAGCUUGCUCCAACUAAUGCUCGUUGGCUUCUUUCGUCUUCUGCCGAUAAGACCAUCCGGCUGUGGUCCCUUGAUCUGUGGCAGUGCAUGGUGGUGUACAAGGGCCACGAUCAGCCAGUGUGGGAUUUGAGCUGGGGUCCUUUCGGCUACUACUUUGUUUCUGGGGGCCAUGACAAGACCGCUCGACUGUGGGUAACUGACCGAAUCCGCCAGCAGCGCAUCUUUGCUGGUCACGACCAGGAUGUCGAUUGCGUUUGUUUCCAUCCAAACUCGGCUUACGUGUUUACCGGUAGCUGCGACCACACAGUUCGCAUGUGGGCCGUCACCACUGGAAACUGUGUUCGCAUGUUCACGGGCCAUACCGGCAACAUUACUGCUCUUGCAUGCAGCCGCAAUGGAAAGAUUCUGGCGUCUGCGGAUGACCAUGGAUCCAUCUUCUUGUGGGAUCUGGCUCCUGGCAGGCUCUUGAAGCGCAUGCGUGGGCACGGCAAGGGCGGCAUCUGGUCGCUGAGCUGGAAUGUUGAGUCUAAUGUGUUGGUGUCCGGUGGCGCUGAUGGCACCGUUCGCGUGUGGGAUAUUAACCCUCCUGCCCCGGAGCCGUCGGGAAGCCAGACUCGCGCUGGCGGAGAAGGCUCAUCUGGUACGAAAAUCGAUACGAAUGCGACCGCUGCGAGCACUCAGGCUUCCGCUUCUGUCGGACCCGGUGCGGGCAAGAAGAAAGGCAAAGAGAAUGUGGUGACUCCUGACCAAAUUAGCGCCUUCCCUACGAAGAAGAGUCCUGUCUACAAGGUCAAGUUCACGAACAUGAACCUGAUCAUUGCUGGAGGCGCUUAUCUGCCUUGA